AUGCCGUCGGCGAAGGAGGUUCAGGAACAUGAGGAUCAGGCUCACGCAGUUUUCCGAGCCUGGUGCAAGGCUUGUUGCGAAGGACGAGGAUUGGGAGCACAACAUCGGAGAGAGUUCGAGUUGGAUCCGGAGUUCGGCGAGAACGUGGUACCGAUUGUGGCCUUCGACUACGGCUUCAUGACGCAAGAGGGCGCGGACACGUACCCGAUCCUGGUGGUUCGGGAGACCAGGUUCAAGCAUGCGGCGGCGACGUGCGUGGAGGCAAAGGGCGUGAACGCCUACGCGGUUGCGUUCAUGGUGGGGCUGAUUCGCGACUUGGGCUACCGUAGGCUGAUCCUCAAGUGCGACAACGAGCCCGCCACCAAGGCGCUGCAGAAGAAGAUUGAGGAGAGCGUCGUCGGAGUCGAGAUCCUACCUCAAGGACCGCCCGAGGGAGACCAUCGAGCGAACGGUCUGGUAGAGGCGGCGGUGAGGGAGGUCAAAAGGAUGUGCCGAACGAUACGUGUCGCUAUGGAACUGAAGAGAGGAGAGAGAGUUGAGGACGACCACCCAAUCCUGAGCUGGCUGCCCCGGUAUGCGGCGCAGGCGAUUAGCAAGAUGAGGAUCGGGACCGACGGCAAGACGGCGGAGAUGCGAAGGACUGGUCGCCGGUGGCGCAAGCCGCUAGCACAGUUCGGUGAGAAGGUCUGGUUCCGACGCAUCGGAGAGGAUGGAGGCAGCAGCUAUGCCAGCAGGAUGACCCAGGGGAGGUUCGUUGGCCAUCACGAUCGGACUGGUGCGACGUUGUGCAUGACUGGCAAAGGAGUGGUUCGCGGCAAGUCCUGGACGAGGCAGGCUCUAGAAGAUGCUUGGGAUAGAGCUGGCUGGGGCGAUCUGUGUGGGACGCCCUGGGAGAUGCUGGCCAAGGAGACCAAGCUGGAGAAGAAGGUGACAGCGGACAAGGACGGCAAGGGAGAGCCCCUGCCAAACCCACCAGGGGUGGAGAGGGCGCCGGAGGUGGCGCCAAGGAGGUUCUACGUCCUCACGGCAGACAUCGAGGACCAGCAAGAGAGGCUGCAGCGGAACCAGCGGCGCCGCCGGCGCCGACAGGAGGAGGAGAUGAACAGAUGCGCGCUGAUGAGGAAGGCGACGGACGCGUUGCCGGAGAAAGACAAGAAGCACGAGGAGUGCCAAGAGAGACGCUUCGAGUACCGCAAGAGUUCUGGCGCGGGCGCGGGACCAGCUGAGGGAGCCGUACCUAGAGUUUCUGGGGCUGGACAUGUCGAUGCGGAUGUACCCAUCACGGCCCUGGACUUGCUGGAGCCCAUGAGGGGCCAGGACUCGAGGUACAUGCAGGAGCUCCUGAACUGGUACAGGCACGAUGAGAUGGGGGACCUCGACCUCAGGGAGUUGGGCGAGCUGAAGGAGGAGCUCGCGGCGUUGAAGGCGCUGGACUUCACCGAGAAGGGCACAGAGGACGAGGAAGCUGAUCUGGGAGCAGUGGACGUGAUGGAGAUCUUCUCGCCCCCGAGGUUCACGGAGGCGGCGAGGAGGCAUGGGCUCAGGCCUGGCGUGGCAGUGGAUCUCUCUACGUGCCGACCGAGUGACGGAGUCGGCUGGGAUCUGCUGAGGAAGGAUGACCAGGAAGAGCUCAACAGGAUCAUCGAGAAGGAUGAACCCUGGCUGCUCACGGGGAGCCCGAGGUGCGACCCGUUCAGCCAGCUGCAGUACCUGAAUAGGCUGACCACGGACGAGAAGGUCCGGGAGCGGAGGCUUCGAGAUGGACGUGAAGGGCUGCGGGUCGCGAUCGAGGCGUACAACAAGCAGUACGAUGCCGGAAGGUACUUCCUGCAUGAACACCCGGCCACAGCUACUUCAUGGAAGGAGCAAGGCAUGGAGGAGUUGAUGUCCCGAGAGGGCGUCUACUACGCGCAGGGCCCGAUGUGUCGGUACGGGCUUCAGCUGCCGGAGAAGUACCGGGACGAGAGUGACGGCGUCCCGGAGUACGUGAGGAAGGAGACGGGCUUCAUCACGAACAGCGAGGAGAUCUGGCAUGAGCUGAAUGGCAAGUGCUCCAACCUGGUUGGAGGAGAGCUUCACCGGCACACCGAGCUCAAGGGCGGAGUGGCUCACUUCGCGGCGAAGUACCCUCCGAAGUUCGUCAGUGCGGUGCUGAGGGCGCUGCGAAGGCAGCUGAGGAAGGAUGGAGAGCUCAAUGCAGUUGACGAGAUCGCGGGACCGGUUCCCGAGAUCCCGAUCGAGUACAAGGAGAUGCUCGAGAAAGGCGGAGGCUUCUGGGAUGAUGUCAACGGCGGUUUCCUUCCGACCGAGAAGGUCUUGGCGGCGCGCCAGGAGGAGAUGGACUGGAUCCACGGCGAGAAGGUCUACGACAUCGUUCCGGAACAAGAGGCUCAAGAAGCAGGAGUACGACCACUGGAUGUUCUAUGGGUCGACACGGACAAGUCCAUGGACCCGAACGAGCAGAAGGUGAGAUCCAGGCUGUGCGUGCGCGAGUACAAGACGAAGAAGGAUGGCAAGGUCCAGAGGGCUCUACCGGCGGCGCAGCUGUUCUCGGCGAUGCCGCCGCUGGAGGCCGUGAAGAUCUUGAUGUCCAAGAUGAUGACGGGAGGCGUGUCCAAGUCAGGCAAGCGCCUGAAGUUGAGGCACUAUGACAUCUCCAGGGCGCACUUCAUGGGCAAGGCUCAGCGGCUGGUGUACAUCAGGCUCCCAGCCGAAGAUCGCCAGCGCUACGGAGAGAAGAUGCUCGGCCGCCUGGUGAAGUCGAUGUACGGCACCCAGGACGCCUCACAUCUUUGGCAGCUGGACUACGUGGAGCUGUGUUGCUCGAGUGAAGGCGGCUUCAAGAGGGGCAAGCAUAACGCGGCGCUGUUCUUCAACCCGACGGCGGACAUCAGCAUGGCUGUCCAUGGGGACGACUUCGUCGUGCUCUCGGACGACGACGGGCUGAACCACGUCGACAGGCUGCUGGCGUCGAAGUACCCGAGCAAGCUGAUGGGCACCGUGGGCUUCGACGACGGCGACAACGACAGCUUGCAGCUGCUGAACAGGAUCGUGAGGAGAGGCCGAGAUGCUAGAGGAGAAUACCUCGAGAUCGAGCCCGACCCGAGGCAUGCGAAGAUGAUCCUGGCGGAGACGGGCUGCGCGGAAUCCACGAAGGCCGUCAACACGCCCAGGGAGAAGAUCAAGGACGCGACGGUCCUCGAAGGCAUCAAGGGCAAGAAGCUGGUCGCGAGCGAGGUCACUCGCUACAGGUCGGUGUGCAUGAGGCUCAGCUACCUGGCGCAGGACCGGCUGGACCUGGUGGAGAGCGCGAAGAGUGCGGCUCAGCGGAUGGCUGGUCCGACGGAGUUCGACUGGCAGCCGCUUAAGAGGGUCGCUCGCUACUUAGCAGGUCGACCGAGGGCUUCGAUCCGGUAUCGGAUGCAGGCGCCGGUGGACAAGAUCGAGGUGUACGUGGACAGCGACUUCGCGGGGGACCCCAUCAGCCGGAAGUCGACGACGGGCUUGGUGGCCAUGGUGGGGUCGCACCCCAUCAAGGGCAGCAGUACCCUGCAGAGCCUCACUUCUCUCAGCGUGGGUGAGGCGGAGUUCUACGCAGUGGUCAAGGGGGCUGCAGUGGCGCUGAUGCUGAGGUCCAUCUACGAGGACUUCGGCGACAACAUGGAGGCUCGGGUGCUGAGCGACAGCACCACCGCCGGGAGCCUGGCCGACCGUCUGGGUGUUGGGCAGAGGACCAAGCACAUCCAGACGAGGUUCCUGUGGGUCCAGGAGCGGGUGCAGGACAAGGACCUGAAGGUGGUGAAGGUUCACACGUCCAGGAACCUGGCCGACCUGGCGACGAAGCCAGUGAGCGGAGUUCUUCUGGAUAAGCACUGCGGAGCGGCAGGUGCGGCGCGCAGGGCCGCGCGCGUCGUGGGCCUCGGCGUCGGACCGCCACCCCCCGAAACGGAGCCCCUGGCGCCGCCGGGCGGCGCCGAGAGUCUCGGGGCAGGCGCGGCGCGAGGUCCUGCGAAGCGAAGCAGCUUGGCCAGGACGUUCCUGGCGCUGCGCCGCCGCGUAAGGCAGCAGCCGACCGCUGUGCUCCGGCACGUGGACUUGGUGCGCAGGGCCGCGCAGCACUACCAGUGCUACGACGCCUUCGCCCGCGUCGCCAUGACUCUGGGCACCAACCAGCUGCUGUUUGCUAUCAGCUAUUAUGCCCUCGGGUACCUUAUCGUGCAAGACGGCGCCCCGUGGCCGGGGCUGUGCGUCGUGCUGGUCAUGGUCUCCGUGGCGGCCACGCUGGUGCAGAUGGACCUCUCGCUCACGCGCGGUGAGCAAGUGACUGCCCAGGUCCUCAUCGUCUCAGGCCCGUCUUUUGCGUCCUUUGCGGUCACGGUGCAGUGCAUGUACACGGCUCAGGGCGACUUCGCGGCUUCGUGCGUGAUCCCUUUCGUGGCCGCCGCGCAGUGCCUGUGGCUCGCGUGGGUCCUCAACGCCUGCGACGUGCAGGUGCAGCCGAGCGGGGCGGCACUGCCGACCAAGUUUCGGACCGUGCUGUACCUGGACGUUUUCGGCUGGCUCUUCAGACGGGAAAGAAAGGCGCCCGCCGACCGCGCGGCCGUGCCCGACGACUGCGAGGCGGCGGGCGAGGGCGCGCGGUCGCCACGGCUCUGGAAGCCCGCGGCUGGCGCAGGCAGCCUCGAGCUGAAGCGGUCCUCGCUCAAGAG